ACCCAGAGAAUUCAGGCUUCAUCAGUACAGAGCGCUUCAGAGACCUGUUGGCGACCCACGGCUCUGAGCUUGACCCCCACAAACUGGAAGUCCUAUUGGCCCUCGCCGAUGGCAACGCCGACGGAAAGAUCUGCUACCAAGACUUUGUGAACCUGAUGAGUAACAAGCGCUCCAACAGUUUCCGGAGGGCCAUCCUGCAGGGGAGCCGGCAGCUGAAGGGCUGCAGUCUCAGAGAUGAGGCGGGGCUGGGUCUGUCUCAGCGUCUGGUCCGACACGUCGCCUACGAGACGCUGCCCCGAGAGGUCGACCGCAAGUGGUACUAUGACAGCUACACCUACUGUCCCCCACCCUGGCUCAUCCUGGCUAUCACCAUUGCUGAGGUAGCCGUGUUCAUGUACUAUGGCUUCCAGCUGGACCGCCUGGUGCUGCAGGUGUCCAGCCCGUCCUUCCUGAAGAGCCCCUUACCGUAUCACCCCCAGCUGCGAGCGCAGGCCUGGAGGUACCUCACCUACAUUUUCAUGCACACUGGAAUUGAGCACCUGAGCCUGAACAUGGCCAUGCAGCUGCUGGUGGGAGUCCCUCUAGAAAUGGUCCACGGAGCCCUGCGGAUUGGAUUGGUCUACGUGUGUGGUGUGCUGGCAGGGUCUCUGGCAGUGUCUGUCACCGAUAUGACGGCUCCUGUGGUCGGCUCAUCUGGAGGAGUGUACGCUCUGGUCUCAGCACAUUUGGCCAACGUAGUAAUGAAUUGGUCGGGAAUGAAGUGUCAGUUUAAGUUAUUCCGGAUGGCAAUGGCUCUGGUUUGCAUGAGUGUAGAGUUUGGUCGGGCAGUGUGGCUGCGCUUCUACCCCCCGGCCUUUCCUCCGUGCCCCAAUCCCAGCUUCGUAGCCCACCUGGGAGGGGUGAUGGUUGGGCUGACGCUGGGUGUAGUGGUCCUGCAGAACUACGAGCAGCGCCUCCAGGAGCAGUCCCUGUUUUGGAUCUUCUUCUGCGUCUACACCUUGUUUGUGCUCUGCGCUGUCUUCUGGAACAUCUUUGCCUACAGCCUGCUUGACGUGCGACUGCCUCCACCACCUUGACUUGAUUAUCAGAGGCAGGCUUGACACUGUAUCCCCAUUAUUUCCCUUCCCUACCACCUUGCUGGAUGACUCACCCCAGCCCUGAUACUCUCUGAUGCAGGGAUGCACCUGACAUGCAGAGGCCCAUGGUUGCCGUUUAUGUCAUACCUUUUUCAGCCCAUCUGUUCCUUAUUGGUUAAAUGUUGCCAGUGUUUUUCGCUUACCAUACAAGCUAACCUCAGCCUGCUCUUUGUCAACAUCUCUCUUGGACAUUUGUCUAAAAAGUAACAGUCAGUUGGAAAUGUUUAGACAUCACAAUGACAAAUGAGAAGCCUCGGAUCUAACGCAACAGGAUCAAGCAGGAAUAGUCCCGUAAACCUGGCUAAACUUCCUCUGCCUAUUCCUUCUCAAUCCAACGGUGCCUUCUCAUGGAGACGUCAGCCUGAUGAAAGUAUUUCUGCACAGUCACACCUUGUGUUUCAUGGCAGCAGUAAAACCCUGCUGUACAAACUGUUUUCAGAAAGGAGAGUUCCUGAAAAUCUUUUACUCUGCCUCCAGCCCAAUUGUCAGUAAAUGAAGAAUAAGGUCAUGCUUGAAUGUAGGCUUAGUUAGUGUUUAGUCAUCAUUUCAAGCAGCCUAUAAGCAGGAGAGGUUCAUAUUAAAACAGAUGGCAGGAUAUCCAAACCUCUCCAAAAUUGUAGGUGGAGUUACCGCAACUUUCAAAAGUUAUGAAUUUUUCUUUGAAGAAAAGUGUGGGUUAUUAUUCAGUGUUGCCUCACUCAUGUGACACUUGCCCAGAUAAUUAUGUUUUGUGUUCAACACUAUUUGAACCUUAGACGUGUGUCUUUUUACUUUUUUGUCUGCAAGGAGGGUGACAAUUGUUCACACAGAAAAAAAUAAAAAGAAGCAGAAGUGCCAUUUAGACUUUUAAGCUUUCAAACACGAUGCCAAAACUACUACUAGCACUGGAGGGAAAGAGCACAUCCCCAGAAAAUAAUUGUUAUUGUGCAAUGAAAAUGAAUCUAUUUUUGUUCUGUUAUGUAUCGGUCAUACAGUAUGUGACAGAAAAAGGUCAUGAUCUCUAAAGAAUCUCUCACCUUUGGGGAACCCUAAAAGGAAGUCGAUUAUUUGUAAUUUUGUUGUCCCCUCUGGGCAAUUGCAGUAAUUGUUUGUGAUUGGUUGAAAAAUAGCGAUGAAGUGACAACAAUUUAUUUAUUGAUUGGUCAGUAGGUGAAUUACGUCAAAUGGGAUCAGACUAAAGCAACAUCCACCAGUGUGGACAACUGGGCCAUUUUGAAGAAAUGUAGUAUUUUCUCAUUACCAAACAUAGAAGAGCACACAUGCCUGACCUCGCCUACAUCCGGGCUGGGGUCGUUUCACUCAUAUCAGGAGGCGUUGGGGGAAAGAAGUAAAUCAAUGCUCCCUCAUUACUUCCUGUCACAAGGUAAAUUGUUAAUUGAUUGAACUGGGAUAGAAAACGACCCCAGCCCUAAGCUGUAAGUCUCAAACUGUACUGUACUUUAACCUCAUGUUACGCUGGUAACUGCUUCGCACAAACAUUAUUAUAAUGUAAUUAUAUACAGAUUAAUAUUUUAACAUGCAUUUGCUGUUGAUUUUUUUGUAUCUACUUGGUGAUUAUUGGUAUGUUGUGAAAAUUGUUUGGUCGGUCUGCAUUGUGAUAAUUAGCUAUAUCUUAUAUGUAGGCUAUCCUAUGUAAACAUGUGUUAAAAGUAGUGUGGGGUUGUAUAUAAUAAGGGCUAUGACACAAACAAGAUUGAGGGGGUAAAUGCUGAUAAUAUUUUAACAUUGUUCAUAUUUUGUAGAUUUGAUAUGUACAUACUGGAGUACAUUAAACUGUUUU